GACGCGCACAAGUCUGUGGAGUCAGCCCUCCUCCGCCUUCUCUCACUAUGCAUCCAGCAAGACGCUCAACUCGGCAGUGACAAGCGUUUCCGAAGUGACAAGUUUUAGAGCUGAGUAUUUGCGCAGAAAGGCCGAAAUCGAGGAGAAACUGGGAAUAUUCUGUUCCAGUCUCUUCAGCGACAUGGAGUACACUUCAUCCCCGAAACCGCAGCUUUCAUCCCGGGCAAAUGCUUUCUCCAUAGCAGCCCUGAUGUCCAGCGGGAAGCCCAAUAAGGACAAGGAGGCGGAGGAGAACACCAUCAAGCCUCUGGAGCAAUUCGUGGAGAAGUCCUCCUGCAACCAGCAGUCCCUGGCUGACCUGUCCUCCCUCGACGGGCAUGGGGACUUCAGCGGGAGCGCGCCCGCCGUGUGCACGGAGCCGCUCAUCCCCACCAACCCAGGCAUCCCAAGCGAGGAGAUGGCGAAGAUCUCGUGCAGCCUUGAGACCAAAGAGCUGUGGGACAAAUUUCACGAGCUCGGUACUGAGAUGAUCAUCACCAAAUCUGGAAGGAGGAUGUUUCCAACCAUUCGAGUCUCUUUCUCCGGGGUGGACCAGGACUCCAAGUACAUCGUGCUGAUGGACAUUGUCCCAGUGGACAACAAGCGCUACCGAUACGCUUACCACCGCUCCUCCUGGCUGGUAGCCGGCAAGGCCGACCCCCCUCUCCCCGCCAGGUUGUACGUCCACCCAGACUCUCCAUUCACCGGCGAGCAGCUGAUGAAGCAAAUGGUUUCCUUUGAGAAAGUGAAGCUGACGAACAACGAACUGGACCAACACGGACAUAUCAUCCUCAACUCCAUGCACAAAUACCAGCCACGGGUCCACAUCAUAAAAAAGAAGGACCACACUGCCUCGCUGCUCAAUCUCAAAUCUGAGGAGUUCCGCACCUUUGUCUUCAUUGAGACUGUCUUUACAGCUGUCACAGCCUACCAGAACCAGCUGAUAACCAAACUGAAGAUUGACAGCAACCCGUUUGCCAAAGGUUUCCGAGACUCCUCGCGGCUGACCGACAUGGAGAGGGAAAGUGUUGAGAAUCUGAUCCACAAGCACUCAUACGCCCGGUCGCCGAUCCGAACCUACGCGGGUGACGAGGAGAACCUGAGCGAGGACGGACACGCCUCACACACCAGAGGCUCAGCGUUCACCGCCUCAGAUAACCUCUCCCUGAGUUCCUGGGUCACCACGACCUCAGGUUUCUCAGGUUUUCAGCACCCACAGUCCCUAUCAGCCAUGGGCACCGGCACCGCUUCCCUGCCCCACCCCAUCCAGGGCUCCCUGCCCCCUUACAGCCGACUGGGCAUGCCGCUGACACCCACCGCUCUGGCUGGAACCAUGCAGGGCAGUGGCCCCUCUUUCCCCUCCUUCCACAUGCCACGCUACCACCACUACUUCCAGCAGGGCCCCUAUGCUGCCAUCCAGGGACUCCGCCAUUCCUCCACUGUGAUGACACCAUUUGUAUGACUCCAUCCUGGGGAGGAGAUGGAUGAACCUCGCUCUGACACUCACCCGUGUUUCGGAGCAUCAAGCUCUUUCCUCACUCCUCAUCCAGUUUGUAUCUUUCCCUUCGGUCUUUGUAAAUAGUUCACCUACAGUGAGUGAGGUGACGGUCGUGACAUAAAGAGGAUGAGGUGUACUGACAGCCAAUCAAAAAAGGACUGUGGCGCCAUCCUUUGGAUCUGCGGAAACACCAGCAGAUCCUGUGGUUUCUACGAACGCUUAAAAGACACUGUACAAACACUUGUGACCUCAAUACAAACUAUAAAAUCUAAUGCAAAGUGAUAACAGGAGCAUGUUUGAUCUUGGCCCUUCUUGAACAGAAAGUGGAUCUUUGACUUAUUUAAAGAAACAAGUAGAAAACCCUGUCUUCCCUUAAACAGGCACUAAUGGUAGCAGGGGCUCGACCUGCUCUAAAGAUGGCAGGCAACUCUGUGGUCCUCCAAAAUGACUCACAACUCCACCGGAUGGACACUGAGGCUCAGUCUGUGAACAUUUCAGCAUGUCAGCAAGGCGGAGCAGCCAUCUCAGGUUUCCUCUGUUUUGGAGAAAACCAGCCAUAAGUACAGUUCAAAGUUAGAACUUAACACUGUUUCGAAAAUAAUGUCAAAAAACAUGUUAAAAUGCAUUGUACAAAGGCAAAUGUGCUACAUUUACUCAUAGGAAAAUUGUCACUGUGGAGUUAAACAAAUAAUAGGACGCAUGCUGACCGCAGUAGACAUACACACUUUAUAUGGAAAAAUAUGAGCCAAAAUAAAACACCUAAUGAAAAGGUGGUUUUUGCUUUGUUUAAAGGACCAGUUAAUGGAAGCAGCGAAGUUACUCAAACCACAGGUGUAUUGAAAGAGCUGGAUACCAUGCUACUACAGCUGAUCUUUUUUCUUAGUGCCCGUUUAAAUCUCUAUAGACACCUGAAACUGAAGGUUAAUAGGAUUGCUGUUUGUUUAAAUAAUGUUUAAUCAGUGCUCUAGAGGUGAUUUGAAAAAGAUCCUAGCAAGAAGAUCUUUUUGGCAUUUUUAGGCAAUUUUCCUCAUAUUCCUAAA